AUGUCCAUGUCCUUGCAAGAUGCACUUGCUCAUUGCAGUGAACAAGACCAAUUGAUCUUCAAGCCCUUGUUGCUGAAAAUGCAGCGGGCUGGUAUCCGGACAGUACUGGAUGUAUUGACAGCUGACAGCACUAGACUUGGCAGUCAUAUUGGAUGUAAUAUCAAGGACAUAUGUUUACUACAAGACUCGCUGUCUUGCUCGCUUUCUAAAAACUUUCAAUCUGCAGCAGAUACACUCCAACAUCAGAUUCAGCAAUACAAUGUUUAUUCGACUGGAAUUUCCAAAAUCGAUGAUAUGUUGGAUGGUGGACUUCAAUCUGGUCAGAUCAUUGAAUUUGCAGGACUGCCUGCUUCUGGAAAAACUCAGCUGUGUCAUUUUAUUUCUGCAGAAAUGAUUGCCUCGUCUCCAUUGCUCAGAGUUACAUAUAUAGACUCGGGUGGUACGUUUUAUGCUAGUCGGAUCUUGGAAAUGAUUUCUGGUGAUGGGUUUUCAAAACGAUUUAACCAAACCCUUCAGGAUUCAGCAGAUAUGCUGCAAAGAAUUACCCAUGUUCGAUGUUUCAAUGCAUUUGAAGUCAUUCGAUAUCUACAAACACUUUCUACACCAUCGAAUCAUAAAGUAGAGCAAAACGAUGCCAAUUUGGAGUUGUUGUCCACAUGUUCCAACAUCCAGGCACUUGAAUCAAAUCAACCGGCACAACCACCUCAUCUCAUUAUUAUCGACUCUGUUGGUCAGCUAUUUUCUCCUUUAAUUGGGCAAGGAGGCUACGCGACUUUGGGAUCCUUUUCAGAUCUGAUACAAAAACUAGCCAAAACGCUUUACAUACCCAUUAUCACUGUGAAUACAUCUGUUUCAGCUGGAUUUAUAGACAACCGGGUAGACGGUGGAGAAUCAUUGGCAUUCUCCACAAAUGCUAGCCAAAAUCAUUCAAGCCAAAAUCAUUUAGGGUUUGGUAUGGCAGAUGGGUUUCGUCAAGUAUCAACAAAACCAGCACUUGGUGGUAUGUGGGAUGCAGUUCCAUACUACCGUUUAUACUUUACUACAUCAUUGAAUGACGGACGUGCUGAUCUGUAUCGGGUAUACGAUGAGUCAUCCAGCUUUAAACCUCGAUCUCUGUCCAAAAUCUCCUGCGUACUUUCAAAUGAAACCCAACCGAGCGGUACACAUGUGAUUGAAAAUGUGGUCGAGUUGCUAGACGGACCUGACAAAUCUAAAAUUGGACACCAGUGUUUGCUCUUUGUUUCGAUUGAUAGCGUGUACAGUGAUUGA